UACACCACCAGCAUCGAUCAGGUAGCAGGAGCAAUGACAGGGUUUCCCUCUCCAUGCGGCGCAUGCAAGUUCCUUCGGAGGAAGUGCGUGAAUGGGUGUGUCUUCGCCCCACACUUCUGCCAUGAGCAAGGGGCUGCACAUUUUGCCGCCAUCCAUAAGGUCUUUGGUGCAAGCAAUGUCUCAAAGCUCCUCACGGGCCUCCCGUCAAUCGACCGCCGCGAGGCUGCAGCCACCAUCUCCUACGAGGCACAGGCCAGGCUACAUGAUCCUGUAUAUGGUUGCGUCGCGCACAUAUUUGCUCUGCAGCAGCAGGUUGUGAAUCUGCAAGCACGGUUGGAGUCACUAAAGGCUCAGGCACCACAAGAGUAUACUUAUUCCGUAUCAAGCCCUGAAGAAGAUAGUAUUAAGGCCAAGGUUAUGGCUUACCAGAAAGGGGAAGCUAGGAUGCCACGGCCAGCAGAAUUAUGCCCCGCUGUAAAGAGUGAGGGCGAAAGCUACUUCGGCAAUGACCUUAUGACCUGUACUUCCAUGCAAUCUUCUCAGGAUUACAGCAUGUCACAUGUAUACACACCUGACUAUACAGCCCCGUUUAACGAUGAGGGUAUCCACAGUAGCACCAUGUUUCCCGUCGAUAUCCAAGAAUAUCUGCAAGAGAAUGGGAAUUAUUGGCACUGAGGGCCUCUAAUCGGUUGCCUUUGCAUGUCAACUAGGUGUCACAUCAUGUGUUUGGUAACUGCAAAACUACCAGCAGUUCUCUUUUGUAAUGUGCAGUCCGUCAGAUUAUAAGCCAUGGAUAGCCGUUGUAGAAUGUUCCAUGAGCAGCCUGUACUAAAAUGCUGAAUCAAGCAGGGUGUAGAAGUCAUGGUUUUUACUAACCAUCAUUGAAGUAUG